GACGUGGGUAAUUAUUCCGUGACGUCUAAUCUAGUGGACGGGAUGCUAAGAAGAGCAACACGGCUACGUAUUCAUCCACCUCGAUAGCUUGCUAGGCAACAUGAAACCGAAAUAUUGAAGCUCUUUAGACCAUUCUUGUGUAUAUUAGUCUCAGUGUUUUAAACACAAUUGUGUUAAUUAACGUAUCAACUGCUUAAAUGUAACGUCAUUUGCAUGUUAAAUGUGUUAACUUGUUAAGAUUGAUACUGAGCCCGGCACUAGGCUAGUUUCUAAUGCUAACCAGCUAAUGCUAUUUAGCGAACUAAUAUCCCCGACCAUGAGCUCACUAAGCUACUUCUCCCCUGCUAAAGAGGUCUGCUGGACUCAGAAAGAAGCUCUGGGGCUGAACAUUGUCGUAAAAGAGGAUGAUAUUACAGCGAAAGGAGAGGAAGAAGCUUUCAGAAUGAAAAAGGAGGAAGAGGAGGCUAUCACGUUGAAAGAAGAGGAGGAGCAUUUUGGAGUGGAGGGAGUAUCGGCUGUCACAGUGGAAAAAGAGGUAGAAGCUUUCAGAAUGAAAAAGGAGGAAGAGGAGGAUGUUAUAGUGAAAGAAGAGAAUGAAACUUUAGGAGUGAAAGAGGAAGAGGGGAUACAGUCUGUCACAGUGGAAGAGGAGGUAGAAGCUUUCAGAAUUAAAAGGGAGGAAGAGGUGGCUGUUAGAGUGAAAGACGAACCUUUUUGGGAGGAAGAGAAGGCUAUCGGAAUAAAAGAGACGGUUGAAGACGUUCUGGGAGUGAAAGAGGAGGAGACAGAAGAUCUGAUUAACAGCAGAGAGAGACAUGACUAUGGUGGAUCCUCUGGGGAGCCUCAACAACAUCCUGAUGCUGACGAGGCAGAGAAGAGUCUCUCCAGAUCAGAACACCAGAUGGACAACACUAGCCCUUCCUCCCUCCCGGAGUCCCCGUGUCGUGCCUCUCCCGGUAGCACCUUACUGCUGGGUAUGAAGAGGUUGUCUGUGCUGCUGGUGGACUGCAGGAAAACAACGGGGCUGAGUGGAACUGUGAGAAGAGGAGAAGAGAAGAAAGGAUCAGAUUUGACACAUCAAAGAGAGAGAUCAGACUCUCACGUUGACAGCGGGAAGAGUCCUCCGGGGGAUCCGGACCCAGCGACGCCCAAACCAGCUGGACGACACCACUGCGCCCAGUGUGGAAAGAGUUUUAACCAUUUAGGGAACCUGAAAACGCACGGGAGGACACAUACGGGAGAGAAGCCGUACCACUGCUCCCUCUGUGGAAAGAGAUUCACCCAUUCAGGGAGCCUGAAAGCACAUACGAAAAUACACACAGGGGAGAAACCUUAUCACUGCUCUCAGUGCGGAAAGAGAUUUAUCCAGUUAGGGAACCUGGAAUCACACGAGAGAACUCACACAGAAGUAAAGAGGCUUUUCCACUGUUCUCAUUGUGAAAAAACGUUUAAGAAUUUAGGGAACCUGAAAGUGCAUGAGAAAUGCCAUACAGGCGGGAAGCUUUUUCGCUGCUCCCAGUGUGGAACGAUAUUUACCCAGUUUAGGCACCUGACAGACCACGAGGUAACACACACAGGGAAGAUGCCUUACCACUGCUCCCGGUGUGGAAAGACAUAUUUCACGUCACAUGCACUUAGUCUUCAUGAGAGAACACACACAGUGCUCCCGCCCUUAUCUCAUAUUUUUGACUGAAAAAUCGUGUUUUUUUGUUUGUUUAUGACACAUUAAAUCAAAUUGUAGAAAGUUUACUCGACAACGACGACGACAAAACAAAUGUUACCCUCUGUUUCUUCUUGAGAAAACACGUUAAAACAAGUAUUUUAACAUUAAAUUCCUAUUACUACCAACUGAAAUAAGUAUUUCCAAUAUUAUUUUUUCCAAUCAAGUUACAGAGCUCUACCAGGCGGUUGAGACGUCAAGAGGGUCAUAUCUACAAUGACACAUUAGAAUGUCGUUUUGCAUAGCAUUUUUACUGAUCUAGAAAAUAUACAUUUACUUUAGGUAUGCUUCAGUGGCCUUUUUAAUACAUCGUUAAGCAUUGUUAAAUGAGGACUGAUCUCAAACGAGAGAGAGAGAGAGUAAAACAGAGAGAGAGAGAGAGACAGAGAGAGAGAGAGAGAGAGAGUCCUCCAUCAGUCUCAUAGUCUCCAAAAAAUCAAAGAAGUGACAGGAUAUUUCAUGUAUUUAUGCCUUUGUCCAACUCGGCGCUGCUAUACAUUUACUUUAGGUAUUCCUCAAUGGCCUUUUUAAUACAUCGUUAAGCAUUGUUAAAUGAGGACUGAUCUCAAACGAGAGAGAGAGAGUAAAACAGAGAGAGAGAGAGAGAGUCCUCCAUCAGUCUCAUAGUCUCCAAAAAAUCAAAGAAGUGACGGGAUAUUUCAUGUAUUUAUGCCUUUGUCCAACUCGGCGCUGCUAUACAUUUACUUUAGGUAUUCCUCAAUGGCCUUUUUAAUACAUCGUUAAGCAUUGUUAAAUGAGGACUGAUCUCAAACGUGGAACAACGUAUGGUCAUAUUCAAUUACAAUCAGAAAUGUAUACAGUACAGUGAAAUGUAUGUGUUUUUCCAGGUAGUGGAUACAGUACAGUGAAAUGUACGUGUUUUUCCAGCUAGUGGAUACAGUACAGUGAAAUGUACGUGUUUUUCCAGCUAGUGGAUACAGUAGUAGUCACACAAAAUGGCUUUCUUCAAUUUCAAAUGGUCUCUGUUCUUCCACCACGUUUCCUCCAUCUUCAGACUAUAUUUUACGAUAAUAUAUGACAAAACGCAAUUUUUUUUAUUUAUUACUGUUACAGACUUUGUUUUAUUGGCCGAUAGUCUGAAUAUUGAUUAUUUAUUGAUUAUUUGACGUUAUGAGGCUGAAAUGUGGGUAAAACCAUGUGUUCCGUAGUAGUCUGGUAAUCAUGUCUGUCUCUAGUAGCAGUCUGGUAAUCAUGUCUGUCUCUAGUAGCAGUCUGGUAAUCAUGUCUGUCUCUAGUAGCAGUCUGGUAAUCAUGUCUGUCUCUAGUAGCAGUCUGGUAAUCACGUCUGUCUCUAGUAGCAGUCUGUUAAUCAUGUCUGUCUCUAGUAGCAGUCUGGUAAUCAUGUCUGUCUCUAGUAGCAGUCUGGUAAUCAUGUCUGUCUCUAGUAGCAGUCUGGUAAUCAUGUCUGUCUCUAGUAGCAGUCUGGUAAUCAUGUCUGUCUCUAGUAGCAGUCUGUUAAUCAUGUCUGUCUCUAGUAGCAGUCUGGUAAUCAUGUCUGUCUCUAGUAGCA